GGCCUCCUGAUCAUCGGUCACCUUUCGAUCACCUGAUAAAACCACGUUUUCGCUGUCGCGAAGCUUGAGAUUCAACGCUUUUUAGAAAGAAUAUCAUCAACAACCUAGUACAAGAUGAGUAGCAAUAGGAGACUUAAAAUAAUAGCAGGCCACUUGGAUGAGUCUAAUCAAACAACUGCGUCCACACAAAAUUGUGCAGGCAUAUCACCAGAAGCAAAACCAGAGUCUGGAAACAAGAAUCCUGGCAGACAGGAUAUUCUCAAGUGGAAUGGCUGGGGGUACAGUGAUUCGCAGUUUCUAAUCAAGGAUGGGCAGGCUCAGUUCACGGGUUCUCGUUAUAUACUUGGAGGACACUCUUUCCCGAAAUUAGUGCAGUGGUUUACAAAAGAGUGCCAUGCUGAUGUAAGUAUUACUUCUCCAUCCAAGCCUCUCCCUGAUCCAAGCACUAUACCAAGUGUGCAGCUAAACCAACCAUUCCUGGACCGUAUCAAAGAAACAGCAGUGCAGUUUACUCUGGAUCCCCAUGUAAGGCUCUUUCAUGGUCACGGGCACACUUGUCAUGAGAUAUUUGAGCUGCGCCAUGGUAUGCUCCACAGGAUUCCUGAUAUUGUCAUAUGGCCGAGCUGUCACAAGGAUGUGGAGGAAAUUGUUCGACUGGCGGUGGAGCAUAAUGUCUGCAUUAUUCCUUUUGGGGGUGGUACCAGUGUGUCCAAUGCACUUGAAUGUCCAGUUGCAGAGAAGAGAAUGAUUGUAUCCUUAGACAUGACAGAGAUGAAAAAGAUUCUUUGGGUUGAUGAGGAAAACUUAGUGGCUCAUAUUGAGGCAGGAAUUAUUGGGCAAGAACUGGAAAGACAGAUGAAUGCCAGGGGCCUCUGUAUUGGACACGAGCCUGACUCACUGGAGUUCAGCUCUCUGGGAGGCUGGGUAGCUACACGUGCCUCCGGUAUGAAGAAGAACAUCUAUGGCAACAUUGAAGACAUUCUAGUACGCGUGCGUAUGGUGACGCCACGAGGGACCGUGGAGAAAAGCUGCCAAGUUCCCCGGAUGUCCACAGGCCCGGAUAUCCACCACUUCAUUCUAGGCUCGGAGGGAAUGCUGGGAGUGGUCACCGAAGUGAGCCUGCGAAUACGUCCGCUGCCCCAGUGUAAGGUGUAUGGUUCCGUAGUGUUCCCAACGUUUGAUAUCGGAGUUGCCUGUGUGAGAGAGAUUGCCAAACAGCGCUGUGCUCCAGCAUCGAUUCGCUUGAUAGAUAAUGAACAGUUCGUAUUUGGGCAAGCUUUAAAACCUGAGGGCGGAUCGUAUUUCAAGUCGUUCAUUGAUGGUUUAAAAGCUGUCUACCUGACCAAGUUUAAAGGCUUCGACCCUCACCAGAUAGCGGUGGCCACCCUACUGUUUGAAGGGGACAAGCAGCAAGUAGCCGAUCAACAAAGGAGAAUUUACGAAAUUGCCUCUCAGUUUCGUGGGAUCCCAGCUGGUGAAGAGAAUGGCCAGAGAGGAUAUAUGCUGACCUUUGUAAUCGCCUACCUCAGGGACCUUGGCUUUCAGCAUCAUUUCCUCGCCGAGUCGUUUGAGACAUCCGUGCCUUGGGACCGAGUCACAGAUCUGUGUCGCAACGUGAAAGAGGCGCUGAAGCGAAAAUGCGCGGAGCUUGGGAUCAAGUACCCUCCCUUGGCCACGUGCCGCGUGACCCAGACCUACGACGCCGGCGCAUGCGUGUAUUUCUAUUUUGGCUUCAAUUAUCACGGGCUCGCCAAUCCGCUGGAGUUGUAUGAUAAAGUAGAGAGUGCUGCUCGAGAUGAAGUUCUUGCCAAUGGUGGAAGCUUGUCUCAUCAUCACGGUGUUGGUAAACUGAGGAAGAAGUGGCUUCGUCAAACCAUUUCCGAUGUGGGUAUCGAUAUGUUACGAGGUGUCAAGCAGGCAGUGGAUCCUCAGAAUAUCUUUGGAAAUGGUAACUUGUUGUGAUUUUUGGAGAUUGCAAAAACUAGCAGUGCUUUAUUUUAUCGAACAGCAAAAACUAAGGGCCUGGAUGGUGUCGCUGGAAUCUCAGUUUGUCGUAAAAUUCUUGGCAAGUCUUCAGCUACCAGUUUGAAAUUUAGCCUUAUUCUGAGCUAUCAGUUCAAAAACGCCUCAUUUCCCCGCUGACAGUAAAGGUCAUUCCCAGUAUUGCAUUGCGCAUCUCCACUGCGCAUAAUUUCACGCGUGAUUAGCGCGCGCGCAUUAAAAA